AUGGCCGACUCAAACCAGUGCAUUCCAUCUCUUGUUCAGAUCUGUCAACGCGUGGCGGCAGCUCAUGUAGACAGCAUAUGCAGCCUAGGUGAUGGCUGGCGGUACGAUUUGAUCGAGCCUGUGGUUGAGAAUUGCUCUCCGGACACACUGCUCAGACUCGAGCAAGCUAGCCCGUACAUUGAGAAGGACACCGAGGGAAUCUGGAAAAAGCUAUGCUUCCAGCGUUACCCUCUAGCUGCAGAACAAUAUCAGUCCGAUUGCCCCGGAGAGCCAGAAUCAUGGCGAGAUGCAUUCUUUGUUUUGAAAGACAUGGAAGCCAAACGAUUGGAAGAAGUAACCUCCCGUCUCCGAACACAGCGUCAAGAAGAAGCGGACCGCAAGAAGGAAACACAGAUUAAGAUUACGGACAAGGUACCUACGGCUAAGCGAGCCCGUGGAUGGGGCCCUACUAUGCCGAAGUCAUUACUGCAGAAGACACGAUCGGAGGCUGCCCGUAUGCAGAAGGGCAUAUAUGGCAUGCGUAUGGCGCCUCCUAUGCCGACGACCAAGAAUUACUCUGUCCAGCCGAAUACUGUUACUCUGGCGGCUGAUACUAUGCACCACCCUCCCUCAUCCUCGUCGUCGACCUCAUCUGCGAGCCCCCAAGGCAGUCGUGUCACCGUUAAGGCUGUGACCGUUCGCCGUCGCACGGCAAGUUCUAGUACGAAGUCAAUCAAGCGCACAGCACCGCCUCCCCCGUCAGUGAAAUCUCCGCAGACACCGUCUUCUCCGGCUGAUGAACUUGUAAUCACGCCGAAGCCACCAAUAUCGAAGAAGGACCGAAUGGCAUCUCUUUUUAUGCCGAAACACCGUGCACAUUCACAACUGCCGUCACAAACAGCGCCUUCCCGUCACGACCUGCGAUCUCGUGCAUGA